AUGUCUGUCGGCGUGCCAAAGGUCGAGGAAAGCACUCCUGUUGCUACCAAGCCAGUUGACAACACUACUGCCUCUGCUGAGCCAACUACACCUGUCAUUCCUACAGACUUCAAUUUGGGUACAACCGAGCCUGCAACAGAAACUACCACGGAGACACAUGCCACCCCAUCUGCCACUACAGAAGCAGCUAAGCAUGACACAGUCGCAGAGGCUACCCCUGCCACUGAAGGCAUUCUCGGUUACAAGGCACCUGGUCUGCUGAAGCAAUUUCGAUUUGUCAAGCACUUUUUCUGGUUCAGUGAGGAGCCUAUUACCCAACAAGGUCUUGAUACCUACAUCAAGAACGAGAAGGCUGACGUCGCUCACCACAAUGCUGCCUGGGCACAAGAGACGGGUAAAGGUGUAUUGUUCUACACCAAGCGCUCAGAGGACAAGGCUACUCCUACCGGUCUCAUCUUGAUUGCUGAGGCAUCUGCCAUCACCAAGACCGGCUUCACCGACUUCUCCUUUAAGAUCGGCAGUCACACCCACAAGUUCGAGGCUGCUUCUGAGGCAGAACGAGACAGCUGGGUCGCUGCUAUCCAGCGAAGCGCUGAUGAGUCUAAGGAUUUGAAGACAGAUAUCACUGGCCGUGACACCUACAAGAAGAAUGUAUCGGGUUAUGCUACAACUGCCGCCGUAGCUACUCCAAAGAAGUCUCUAGAUGCCACAACCCACACCAACACUGCUACGGCCGCUUCCACCGAGCCCGCUGCCAGGACCGACACCUCGAGCGAGUCCUCGGAUGACGAACAUAAGAAGCGAAAGGCCGCCGAGAAGCAAGCCAAGAAGGAGCGUUCUCAAUCUCGAAAGAGAAACAGCGUCUUCGGCCUCUUUGGCAAGAAAGAUGAAGAGAAGACCGAAAAGAAGGUCGAGAAAGAGCACGAGAAAGAGGUGAAGAAGGCCGAGAAGGAGCACAUUAAGGAGGAGAAAAAAGUCGAGGCCGAACACAAGAAAGAAGAGGCAAAGGCUGAGCACGAUGCUAUCAAGGCCAAAGACGCUGCCGAGGCUGCCGCUAUUGCCGCAGCGCCAGCAGCUGUCGUGCCUGCUGCUGUGAAGAAAGAGGAAGAACGACCACUUGAGGAAGUCACCACUCCGACCGAGAAGAAGAACAAGCGUGCCUCUGUCUUCGGUGGGUUCUUCAACAAGAACAAGAUCGUCAGCCCUACCACUGAGAAAUCGGAGAAGGAUGUUGUUCCUCAUGUUCCAGCUAAAGAUGAGCCUUCUGCCGUGUCCGAGACCGCACCUAAGCUUGACGAACCAAUUAUGAACAAGCCAAUAGAUACCGCCGCCGUCACUUCUCCAGUCAACACUACUACGAAUUCCACUCCAGCAGCGAUAUCCGAAGAGCCAAUUGUUAACGAGCAAACCACUACUGCAGAACCUGCUGUCGUGACACCUAGAACAGAGAGGAAGAGCUUCGUCUCUGGCCUCUUCAAGAAGCACGACAAGAAGGAGGAACAGGGAGAGGACCUCAACACCAAUGAGGAGACUGUCAACACUCCAGCUGUGACCUCUACAACCGCGCCAGAGACAGCUGUUGCUGCCACAGAAACACCUGCCGUUGAGACACAUGUCAAGGAUACCGAGGUUGCCAAGGAGGAAAGACCUGCUCGUGAGAAGCGACGAACUUCCCUCUUUGGCUCGUUUGGUACUCUGAAGCGAAAGACUGAGAAGUCUCCUGCUCCUGAAUCACCUUUUGCUACUUCUGAAGAGACCCGAUCUCCGGACGAGAUUAAGCGAGAGAAGUCGCCUCUCCCUGGCAAGCUUGGUGGUCUCUUUCGCAAGAACAGCCGUGCUAACAAACUAGAGACUGCAGCAGGAGAAGGCAAGACCGACGUAGCAGCCACUGAGACUAAGCCAGCCGUCACGGAAACAUCAGCAACUGGAACGCUUGCUAACGCCACAAUCAUUGAACCCAAGACCGACUCAGAGAUUGUCGGUGACUUCGUUCCUGACAAUAUUCAUCACACCGUUCACGAUGCAGUUACAGCAGACCCAGCCGAGGUCAAGACUACAACUACAGCUUGA